AUGAGCUCUCGCUUGGCGUUCGAGGCCUUUGUCCGCGCGCAGCCUCGCGGCGCCCCCAUCAGCGUUAUCAGCAUGGGGAAGCGGCGGCCGGAGCUGGCGGGGCCUCUUUGGGCCGCUGCUGCCCGAGACAUGUGUUGGACACGGGCCUUUAAGGCCUGGAGCCGCCACACAAAGGCCCGGGAAGAAGGCGGAACAAAGGGCUUUUUCACGCGGCAACUGAAAAGCUGCAGAUUAGCUCGCGCGUGCUACGCAGGCGAGAGGAGCCGGCGGCCGUGUCCCCAGGCCCCCUCCCACGGCACUCGCCCAGCGCUACAUGCCAACUGCGUGCUGUACCGGUACGCCAUUGACCGCGAAUCAGAUUUGGACCAGAUCUUCGAUAUCGAUGCGGACACAGGCGCCAUCGUGACUGGCAAGGGGCUGGACCGCGAGACAGCCGGCUGGCACAACAUCACGGUGCUGGCCAUGGAGGCGGACAAUCAUGCCCAGCUCUCCCGGGCAUCCCUAAGGAUCCGAAUCCUGGAUGUGAACGACAAUCCCCCAGAACUGGCCACACCCUACGAGGCAGCUGUAUGCGAGGAUGCCAAGCCAGGCCAGCUCAUCCAGACCAUCAGCGUGGUGGACAGAGACGAGCCCCAAGGCGGGCACCGCUUCUAUUUCCGCCUGGUGCCUGAAGCUCCCAGCAACCCUCAUUUCUCUCUGCUUGACAUCCAAGACAACACCGCUGCAGUGCACACGCAGCACGUGGGCUUCAACCGGCAGGAGCAGGACGUGUUCUUCCUGCCCAUCCUGGUAGUGGACAGCGGGCCACCCACGCUGAGCAGCACGGGCACACUCACCAUCCGCAUCUGUGGCUGCGACAGCUCCGGCACCAUCCAAUCCUGCAACACCACGGCCUUUGUCAUGGCCGCCUCCCUCAGCCCCGGCGCCCUCAUUGCCCUCUUGGUCUGCGUUCUCAUACUGGUCGUGCUGGUGCUGCUGAUCCUCACCCUCAGGCGCCACCACAAGAGCCACCUGAGCUCGGACGAGGAUGAGGACAUGCGGGACAACGUCAUCAAAUACAACGACGAAGGCGGCGGCGAGCAGGACACCGAAGCCUACGACAUGUCGGCGCUGCGGAGCCUCUACGACUUCGGCGAGCUCAAGGGCGGCGACGGGGGCCCCUCCGAGCGCCACUCGCUGCCGCAGGGGCCGCCGAGCCCCGAGCCGGACUUCUCAGUGUUCAGGGACUUCAUCAGCCGCAAGGUGGCGUUGGCGGACGGGGACCUAUCGGUGCCGCCCUACGACGCCUUCCAGACCUACGCCUUCGAGGGCGCGGACUCACCGGCCGGCUCGCUCAGCUCGCUGCACAGUGGCUCGUCGGGCUCGGAGCAGGACUUCGCCUAUCUCAGCAGCUGGGGUCCGCGCUUCCGGCCCCUGGCCGCGCUCUACGCCGGCCACCGCGGGGACGACGAGGCCCAGGCCUCCUAGCCCCGCGCCCUGCCGUCGGGGCGCGGCUGCUCACCCGCCCAGCACACGCCGGGGCCCCCAGGACAACGCGUUUCCC